UUAACACAAAGGUUCUCUGUAAGUGAUGAAACUGUCUGUUUACAUUUGCAUAGUCUUGGAAGAGUCUACAAACCCAGCAAACCGGUACCUCAUCUAUUGACACCUACAAAUAAGCAAAAGCGCCUGAACAUUUCUCUGAAAUUGCUUAAUAACCAUCAAACGGAAUCAUUUUUUGACCAUUUGCUAACCUACGAUGAGAAAUGGCUCAUUUACAACAAUCCCAAAAAAAAUCGUAUAAUUGGUUGUCAUUCACUGAUGCUGUGCCAUAGACUAGAAAACCCAAUAUCCAUAAUCGGACGUCUUAUUGUAUGUAUAAUGGAUUGCAAAUGGAAUUGUUCACUGUGAUCUUUUAUCACAUGGUCAGACUAUUAUUGCUAACUUCUACAGUGAUCAACUCCGUCGAAUUCACCCAUCACUUUUGAAAAAAUACCCAACUUCAGUGAAAUCUAAAGAAGUUCUUUUCCAACACGAUAAUGCCAGGUCUCAUGUCACGCGUGUGAUCUCUGAUACAAUUCAGAUCCUUGUAUGGGAAUUUCUUUUGCACCCUGCUUAUUCCCUUGUCCUUUAGCCCUUCUGACAAUCACCUAUAUUUAAACCUAGAUAAUCAUAUGCGAAAUAGUGAGUUAGAGAACUUCUUCAACUCUAAAGAUCGUUCCUUUUAUGAAUUUAUAAUCUUGUUCCCCGCUGGAAAAAGGUUAUUACACAGAGAAGGAGACCUCUUUCUCUGUGGGUUAUUGAAUGUGAGGGUGCUUAUUUUGAUGAAUAAAUUGUAUUAUUUCCUGUACAUUUUUAUGUUUAUUUUCUCCCCACAAGAAAAACCACAUAACUUUUUUGGUAACCUGAUAUUUAGUCUACAAAAGGAAGAAGUAUAGAGAUGACCAAUCCUUUCCUCCUUUUACUAAAGAUGAAAUUCGAGAUCAAAUAAAAGAUAAUCCGUCAAGAAAGGUCGGAAGACUUUACAGCCCAUGCAUUUCCUGAGACUUCAAUUUAAUUAAUACUUACAGUAAAUUAAUACUCAUUCUAAAUGGAACAACAAUUUUAUGAUGGCAUUUGAUCAAAAGCGUUUGAUUUUGAAAAAACAUUUUUUAUUUUUUAAAUUUGUAACAAGAGAAAAAGCCGCUUUCAAUAGAUUCAUUCAAAGGUUGAAAUUAUAAACAACAUCAGUUAAGAGAUACAUUUUGAGUUUAUCGAAAAUAUUUCAAAAUAUUGUAAUUUACUGAGGAGUCCCGAAAUGCAACCCACAAUUUGCAGUUUUCCAUUUCUAAUGUCAUAUUCUUAUCUUUGAACAUAUAUAAACGUGUGUUGCAUUUACAUCGCCGGCUUUCAACAAACAUGUUGUAUUGUCCAGCUAAUGUUAGUUUUCUAACACCAUGGGUUGACCAUGGCCUUUCCCACUGUUUUGCUGACACAGUGUCUUCGACAUUUAUUUUUUUGUUUAUUUAUAUAUUUGGAAGUGUUCAAAGUCAUAUGUAUUCUAAGUAUUCUUCUGAUUUGGAUCCUAGAAUAUUUCCAAAAUCAAAUCUAUACAAACUUCAGCUGGCAUGCCACUUUUUCUUACCUAUCGUAAUAUUCGUGCGUUUUAUUUUGGAAUGUACUUUUUUAUAUAACCGAAUAAUUUAUGGCUAUAUGAUCUUUCACACUCUUCUUUAUUGUUUUGCUUUCCCUUUUGCUAUUUAUCUGUUGUAUUUGGAAAGGCACAAAGCAUUGCCAAGUAUUCCAACCAGUGGUCAUGGGUUGGUUUUACUUGUAUUCUGGACAUCAGUUUUUAUUAUUGAAAAUCUCACCUUAUUGAAUCUAAAAAAUGAAAAGUGGUGGUUCCGUCUUAAUAACCUCUCUGAUAAAAUUGAAUUUGGAUUUUUUGUGCUACGCUACUUAUGUGGAGUACUAUUGUUUAUACUUGGAUUAAAUGCUCCUGGAAUUCCUAGUGCCCAAGAUUAUUUUCUCUUUAGGCAGCUUCAACUACAAUCAGAUACAGCAGCUCUUCUUGAAAGUGGCUCUCAUAGAAGAGAGGUGUCUGAAAAUCCUUCUGCCUUUGCAGAUUUUGGUAAAAAAAUCAAAAGACUUAUUCCAUUCUUGUGGCCAAAAAGGAGUAUCAAGUUACAGAUAAGGGUACUGAUUUGCUUUGGUUUCUUGAUUCUUGGAAGAGUUAUUACUGUUUUAGUUCCUCAAUAUAACAAAUAUAUAAUUGACAGCUUGACUUACCGAGGUGAACCGCUUAAAUUCAGAUGGGAUUACAUUUUAGUCUAUGUCGCCUUCUGGUUUCUACAAGGCCAAGGCAGUAAUAGUUUUUUAAACAACAUAAGGACAUUUUUGUGGAUUAGAGUUCAACAAUAUACAGUUAAAGAAGUUGAAUUGGAUAUGUAUGCUCAUCUCCAUAGUUUAUCACUCAAAUGGCAUUUAAGUCGAAAAAUUGGAGAAGUUCUCAGAGUCAUGGAUCGAGGAACAAGUAGUAUCAGCAGCCUGUUAGGGUAUAUUAUUUUUAACAUUUUACCCACUUUUGCUGACAUAUUCAUUGCUGUGAUUUAUUUUGCUGUUGCAUUCAACCCAUGGUUUGGCUUGAUUGUCUUCAUAACUAUGUCUCUCUACUUAAUUUCAACUGUGUGGCUUACUGAAUGGAGAACCAAGUUUAGAAGAAACAUUAAUAAACUAGACAAUGAAGUGGAGGCACAAUGUGUCGAUUCUCUUCUCAAUUUUGAAACUGUAAAAUAUUAUAAUGCUGAGUUGUAUGAAAUGGAAAAUUAUGAAAAAGCAAUUGAUAGCUAUCAGGUUGCCGAGUGGAUCGGCACGGCAUCAUUGAAUCUUUUGAAUACAGUUCAGAAUAUUGUCAUCAGUAUUGGAGUGAUGGCAGGUGCGCUUUUGUGUGCUCAUUAUGUGGUAGAUGGGAAACUCACUUCUGGAGACUAUGUACUUUUCAGUUCCUAUAUUUUGCAGCUUUAUACACCUUUGAAUUUCUUUGGAACAUAUUAUAGAAUGAUUCAAACAGCCUUUGUGGAUAUGGAAAAUAUGUUUCAGUUGCUGAAUACUGAACCAGAGAUUGUAGACAAGCCAAAUGCUCGCCCGUUGAAAAUACGAUCUGGCUUCAUUGAAUUCAUAAAUGUCAACUUUUCUUAUGUUCCUGAGAGGCAGAUAUUAAAGAAUGUUUCUUUUGUUGUUCCUGCUGGAAAAACUGUUGCUUUGGUUGGACCAACUGGAAGUGGGAAAAGUACCAUAACUAGGUUACUGUUUCGACUAUAUGAUGUUUCUUCUGGUGAAGUGUUGAUUGAUGGUCAAAAUGUAGUUGAUGUUACACAAAAGUCUUUACGCCAAAGUAUUGGUGUAGUUCCUCAAGACACUGUUCUCUUCAAUCGAAGCAUUCGGUACAAUAUAGGUUAUGGUAGACCAUGCGCAUCCACAGAAGAAAUUGAAGAAGCUGCUAAAGCUGCCGAUAUACACAAUCAAAUACUAAGUUUUCCAGAAGGUUAUGACACAAUUGUUGGUGAGCGAGGCUUGAAAUUGAGCGGAGGUGAAAAACAGCGUGUGGCCAUUGCCAGGACCAUUUUGAAAGCCCCAUCUUUCAUUAUCUUGGAUGAAGCCACAUCUUCGCUAGAUACCCAGACAGAAAGAAACAUUCAACAGUCUCUAGCAAAUAUCUGCAAAAAUAAAACUACACUCAUCAUAGCCCACAGGUUAUCCACUGUUAUUCAUGCAGAUGAAAUUCUAGUUCUAAAUGAAGGAGAAAUUAUCGAAAGGGGAACGCACAGUGGCCUACUGGAAUUGAAUAGGUUUUAUGCAAACAUGUGGCAACAACAACUUGAGCCUGAAAAGUCAGAUAGAGAUAAGCAAUGAGUUUGAAAUUAGUAUUUAGAAGAAGAGAUAAAUAGAUUUAGUUUAUGUAAAUAAAAUUUGAAUUUUUGCAAUAAAUUUUGUUUUGCUCAUUA